AGCAUGUCCAAGCCCAGCGACCACAUCAAGCGCCCCAUGAACGCCUUCAUGGUGUGGUCCCGCGGCCAGCGGCGCAAGAUGGCCCAGGAGAACCCCAAAAUGCACAACUCGGAGAUUAGCAAGCGGCUGGGCGCGGAGUGGAAGCUGCUCUCCGAGGCGGAGAAGCGCCCGUACAUCGACGAGGCCAAGCGGCUGCGGGCGCAGCACAUGAAGGAGCAUCCCGACUACAAGUACAGACCCCGGCGCAAGCCCAAGAACCUGCUCAAAAAGGACAGGUAUGUCUUCCCUUUGCCUUACCUCGGGGAAACCGAUCCCUUAAAGGCCGCCGGGCUUCCCGUGGGGGCCACUGACUCUCUGCUGAGCUCCCCGGAGAAGGCCAGGGCUUUCCUGCCUCCCACCUCAGCACCUUACUCCUUACUUGACCCCAGCCAGUUCAGCUCCAGCGCCAUUCAGAAGAUGACUGAGGUUCCUCACACCUUAGCCACCAGCACCCUGCCCUACGCCUCCACCUUGGGAUACCAGAACGGGGCGUUCGGCAGCUUGAGCUGCCCCAGCCAACACACCCACACCCACCCCUCGCCAACUAACCCGGGCUAUGUCGUGCCAUGUAACUGUACCGCUUGGUCGGCUUCCAGUUUGCAACCUCCCGUUGCCUACAUAUUAUUCCCAGGCAUGACCAAGACUGGGAUAGAUCCCUAUUCUUCAGCACAUGCGACUGCCAUGUAA